CAAUAUAUGAUAUUUCUGUGCAUUUCUCUGGAUUUUUUCAACUCGACUCAAUGUUUUUUAACAUUUCCUGACAACAUAUAAAAAAUCACAGAUAAAAAUGUCAAAAGUUACUAAACGUAAACAUGUUACAAAGCUUCAAGAGGAUUUUAGUAUUCCCUUGGAAUCACAAUCAAUAGUUCAGCUUGUCGAGCCGCGGGGUAAUAAUCUUCAUGAAGUGAGUGACAGUACAGGCGAACGAUUUCUCGUUUCAAUGCCGAGUAUUUUUCGAAAUAAUGUUUAUGUAAAACGGGGUGACUUUGUUCUCGUCGAAUCUAUACCCGAGGGUGACAAAGUCAAGGCUGAAAUUAUUAAAGUCCUUACUGAGGAACAUAUCAAGUACUACCGAUCGCAAAGUGUGUGGCCAAAAGAGUUCGAUAAAACGGAAGCCAAAGAGAAAGAGCCUCAUCCUGUAAAUAAAUCAAAUAAUGAUAGUGAUAAUGAAGAUGAUCUUUUUAUAAAUACCAACCGUAAUAAUCAGUACACUAAUAUCGACAGUUCAACUUCUGACUCAGAUGAUUGAUAAAUAAUUUAAUAAAAUUGUUAUUUGUAUUUUAAUCAAUAAAUUAAGUAGCAAUAAAAAUUUUUAAAUAAA